CCCUGCCCAUGGUGGGCAGAACUGGAUUCCAGGCAGUUCCGUCUGAUGCAUGGAGGUCACGGGGCGAGAUGUAGACCCAUGGGCUGGAACAGAGCGACAGGCUCUAACCGUGGACAGACUCGCUGUCACUCACCCUUGCUACAGCAGUGCUCCACGGGCCACACAGAGAGCGGGAGGCCCACCAACGCCUCCCGACCAACACCCCACCGGAGGCCUGCCGGAGGGACCGCGAGGGGCAGAAGCCCAGCCCUGGAAGGAUUAUGGUGCCGCCUGUAAACCACCCCACCCCAGGGCCAAAUGCCUGCUCCGAUCUGCACAAAGCUGGAUGCACUUUCCGUGUCCAGGGUUCCCUUUGGAGCCCUGGGUUGCCCUCGAGCACUUUGGAGCAAGAUAGAGCUGGACACAGCAAGUAACCUUGUUUGGCCGGCGCUGGGCAGAAAGGGCAGAAAGUUUCCCAGAGGGGACAACUUGGGAAAGUCGGAGAAAGUUUCACGGGAAAGGGCACAUCGGAGCCGGGGCUUUGCAGGACAAGUAGGAGUUUGCUGCCCCGGCCUUCAACAUAUGGAGCCGGGGAGCCCCGGAGGCCUGGACCCCCAGCUUUCUAGAACGCUGCUCCUGCUGCUGCUGUCUACGGCCUCCGCCCAGGAGGUCGCCCCCAACCGUGCCGCCUGCGUGGUGUCCCAUGCGGUCAACGGCAGCUCUGUCUCCUGCCACCCCCCUGCCCAAAUCCCCCGCCGCUUCCCGGCCGACACCGUCUUCCUGGUGGUGGAGUUCUUCAACCUCACACGGCUGCCAGACGACACCCUCCGGGGCCUCGCUCGCCUCCAGGAGCUGCACCUGUCCAGCAACCAGCUGGAGAGCCUCUCGCCCAACUUCCUGCUGCCCGCACCUCUGCUGCAGGUGCUGGAUCUAACCCGCAACCGCCUGGCCCGCCUGCCCCGCGGCCUCUUCCAGGCCUCGGGUGCUCUCCACACCCUGGUGCUGAAGCAAAACCAGCUGGAGGCUCUGGAGCCCUCGUGGCUGCUCGGCCUGAAGGCCCUGCGGCAUCUGGACCUUUCCGAAAACCGCCUCCAGACCCUGCCCCCGGGGCUGUUGGCCAACGUCACCUCCCUGCGCAUCCUUGACCUCAGCAAUAACCAGUUGAAGGCUUUGCCCCCAGACCUUCUGAAAGGCCCCCUGCGGUUGGAAAGGCUGCAUCUGGAAGGCAACAGACUGCAGGUGCUUGGCGAGGGGCUCCUGGCACCCCAGCCAGACCUCCGCUACCUUUUCCUGAAUGACAACAAGCUGGCCACCGUGGCAGCGGGCGCCCUCCGGGGUCUGCGGCAGCUGGACUUCCUGGAUCUGUCCAACAACUUGCUUACCGGCACGCCUAAGGGGCUCUGGACAUCCCUGGGGCAGCCCGCCCGGGACAUGAAGGAUGGCUUUGACAUCUCUGGUAACCCCUGGAUCUGUGACGGGAACCUGGAAGACCUCUACGGGUGGCUUGUGGCCAAUAAAGACAAGAUGUUCUCUCGGAACGCGACGCGCUGCGCUGGGCCUGAAGCCUGGAAGGGCCAGACGCUCCUGGUUGCAGCUGAGUCCCACUGAGGCCGGGGGCUGGGCUGGGGAGACAGGCCUGGGAG